AUGACUGUGAAGCAUUUCUCAGUGGAGUACGACAGGGUGAAUGAUCAAGGCACCUAUUCCCCAGGGGAUGUUCUUUCUGGAAAAGUGACAGUAGUAACUAGCAAAGAGAUCAAAGUGCAGAGUUUGUUGGUCAGAGCUAAAGGAAAGGCAAAGGUGACUUGGUAUGAACAGGAGGGACAAACCUCGGUGGUUCACAGUAACAAGAAGAAAUACUUCUAUUUUGAGCAUAUCAUUCUUCAGGAUAAAAACAAGGGAGAUGGUACAGAAAUCAUGGGUGCUGGGAUAAACGUUUUUCCAUUCUGCUUUUUGAUUCCAAGCAGAGACAUGCCUUCAUCUUAUAAAGGCAAAUGGGGUAAUAUCAAGUAUAGUUUGCGAGCUCAUUUGACUCGGUCAAUCUGGCUUGUACACAAAACCAAGACGGAGUUUCCCUUUUUAACCAGGUCUGAGUUUCCUUUUGCCUCCAAAUCAGACAUGAUAAUCAUUGGGCUGAAGGAGCAACAGCAUGCAACCAGGAUUUCAUUUUGUGCCUCUGGAAAGGUUACUAUGAAUGUGACCUCUGAAAAAAUGGGCCUAAUGCAAGGUGAGGCUAUGGGAGUCUUUAUGGAAGUAUGCAAUGACUCGGCGCGCUCUGUAACACCUAAGUUCUACCUGUGUGAGAAGCAGACCUUUGUGGCCCAGUCGAAUAAGAAAGUUCAAACAAAGGACAUCUUGUUCGGGAUAGGAGACAUUGUUCCAGCUGAGAGCAGUUGCUCUGUAACCAAAAUAUUGAUUAUCCCUCCACAUCUCCCACCUACCUUCUUCAAUUGCAGCAUGAUGAAUCUGGAGUACAGAAUCAAGGUCACCCUUGAUGUCCCUUUGCUGAGAGACCCAGAAAUGAAACUUCCCCUGGUCAUCCUCCAGGGUUCACCAAAACCUGUUCAGCAAAAAACAAAGAGACCAAUUUGACUUCGAAAACUCCUUGGUUAAAAGAACAGUCAUGAGCAAGAUGAAAAAAGGAUGUACAUACAUAACUGUCAGACAGUGUUGCAGAGUUUAAAUUCAUAAAUCACACAUAGCUAUAUUCUUUUUUUUGUAUCUACAUUUAUAUUAAAACAAUUAUUUCUGCUGCUGUUCACCACUGUAUGUGCAUGUCCACUAGAUGGAGAUGUCAGCCACAGUAAAGUAAUUGUAGCAUGUUUCAUUUUAACAAUUUUAUU